AAGAUGGCAGCUUGGCUGAGGCAACUUGGUUCGCGGUUUAGCGGUCUUGGCAACGUUGUAACUGCGCUGAUCGUCGGUGCAGGUUUGACAAAAAUAUAUUACGAGACUACAGAUAGUGAGAAUGUUUCGACUCAGAAGCAGAUCCAGGAAAUCAUUGCAAGGCACGACCAUCUAAAGCACGGAAAUCACCUCCGAACUAUUGAUCCUCGUCAAGUGAAAACAAAUCUUGAUAAACUAGAUACACUGGCGGAAAUCGCUGACAAUGAGGACGAUAAUGUUUUCAAAUACGGCCUUCCGAAGAGAGCUCCGGAUUAUAUACGGUACAGGAAUCACGUUUUGUGCUACGAUCAAGCUAAGAAAACGCCGCGGUGGGUGUUGGAGCAUUUGACGCGGGACAAAGUAAAAGGAGAAGCCGAUCGAGCUCAUUCCACAUUUAAACCUGAUUUAAACAUUCCUGCGCGUUUUCAGUCAAAAAACGAUGACUACUGGGACAGUGGAUGGUCAAGAGGUCACAUGGCUCCUGCAAGUUGGUACCCUCUGUUACUAAAUGAGCACUACCCCAAUAUCCACAUUUCAAUUCUCCGGACUGAUCUCCAUACAACUCCUUAAAGAAUAAGCUGAGAGAAUUUGAUAAAAGAUCAAAAUAUUUUCUCUUUGGUGAUCAGCUUAUUUAUUUUCAUAACCUUUUCAAUCGAUGACUUAUUUACAUUAUAUUGUCAGGAGAAAAUUGAUAGUGGUCACGCGUGGAACUUACGUGUAAACAUAUUAAUGUAAAGCCACAUGCACUCACAAAACUAGAUGACGAUUCCUGCUUCCUCUCAUGGAUAGAAAAACCUACCAAGAUGAUGGAGGCCAACUUUUGGUAGAGGCAGUUUAGUUCAGACUGCUAGUUGUCCUCUUGAUUGCUGGUGGGGAGGGGUGGGGGGGGUAACACAACGGGAGCUGAGAAGCUUAUUUACUCUUCUGCAGAGCCUGGUCAUUCAGCUUGCACUGCUCUUCAAUGAGUAACCAGGGACUACUAACAGUCUCAGUGCUGUCCUGACUCAUUUUAUGGUAAAACAACAGCAGUUGUGCGAUUAUCAAUGAGGAAUAGAUUCUUUGAUUGACUCCUUGACAGGGUGAUGUAGUCUUCAACCUGCGUUUUCCUCUUAAAUAUAUUCCCUUAUUUUCAGGCAACAACAAGUUUAACCAAGAAGCUAUGGAUGCAACAUUCUUCUUGUCAAACAUUGUACCUCAAGAUCUGGACAACAAUGCUAACUAUUGGUACAGACUAGAAGCAUACUGUAGGGGUCUCACAAAGAGAUACUCCAGUGUAUAUAUUGUGUCUGGCCCACUCUAUUUACCAAAACAAGAAGAUGGAAAGAAGAUAGUCAAAUAUGAGGUCUGUUUAGUGUCUCAAUCGUUUUGAAACAUUUCAAGUAUUAAUUUGAUUUCUUUGGCUGAGCCAAACUUUUACUCUCGGCCAAUGGUUCCAAAAAUUAGUGCUCAAGAAAAAAAAUACAAAGUAAAGUCAUUUUGUAGUACCAUGUGAAAGUACUGCAGCACAGGUUUCAUUUGAACGGACACAUAGUAGGAUUUUAUCCAGAGACUGACAAGUUGAAGUAGUUUGUCCCAUAGAAUAAAAGUACCAUGUAAAGUUACUUCUACGUGUAUAGAGGUUUCACAUGCAUGGUCACCCAUGAAUAGUGAAAUAGUAAUUAAAAUACUGAAGCCAGAUGUUUGAGUUGUUGGACUGUUACUGAGAUCGAGAAUGCCCUGUUACCCCAGUCCAAAAGACUGAAAAACGUCACUGUUUUCAGGCUAGUUUGCAAUAAUUUAGACAGCCACGCGUUUUAAUUUACUUUGUUGUAUUUCCUUAGGUCAUAGGCACGAACAACGUUGCAGUACCAACACACUUAUAUAAAGUAAUUCUCGCGGAGGACGAAAGUAAGGAGACCGUCCUCGGAGCCUUUGUAAUUCCAAACGAACCAGUGAGCUUCGAGCGUAAGCUGCAGGAUUUUCAAGUUCCUCUCGAAGAUUUAGAACGAUUUUCAGGUUUGGUAUUUUUUCCUGCGCUUAAUUACGGCAAGGCAAGCGAUCUCUGUUUUACGGAUGGCUGCAAAAUGAUGUCUAAAGAGCGGAUGGACAUGAUAGUUUAUGGCCGUCGACUGCGUAACGCGGAGAACUCAGACCUUCUGCAAAAAGUGUGGGAAGAAAUGAAGGAGAACAAAAUGGCUCCUGAUAAAUUUACCAUUGACAUAUACGAGAGGAGGAAAAGAGAAUUACAAGAACAGGAGACUGAGGUGGUUAAAAUCAGUGAAGAGUAG